AUGCCUAACGACGCCUACGAUUACUCAGUCAAAUUAAAGACAGAAUUCGAACCAGUUCUCAAAUUCUUCGAAGUAAAACCAACAGGAAAUCUCUUCAAAGAUUUAACACUUUUAGCAGAAGCCAUCGAAGGCGCCAAAAUUGAUGAAAAAUUGACAAAAUUCUUUUUCGAUUUUUAUGAUCGUGACGGCAAUGGAACAAUAAGUCGUGACGAGUUAUCAGUUCUUGUUCGGGAUAUUGGUGAAGCUAUGGGUGAUGAUUCUAUGAAGAAUAUUACUGAUAGUCAAUUAGAUGAUGCUAUGGCAAUUUUGGAUGAAGAUGGAUCAGGUGAAAUUGAAUGGAAUGAAUUUAAGAAUUGGUUUGAUGAAUUGAUGGUAUGUUUUUAUAUAUUUAUAAUAUUUAAUUAUAAUAUUUAA